AGAACCCUAACCUCCAGCUCCACCAUGGCCUCCUCCCUCCUCCGCUCCGGCCAGCGCCUCCUCCGCCACCACCGCGGCCGCCUCCCCGCGGCCUUCUCCACGGCGGCCGCCGAGGAGCUCAUCGACGUGCGCAAGCUGCCCACCGACUACGACCCCUCCACCUUCGACCCGACCGCGCCGCCGUCCCGCCCGCCGCCCUCCGACCGCGUCUGGCGCCUCGUCGACGACGUCUCCGCCCUCACCCUCGCCGAGGCCGCCGAGCUCUCCGCCCUCCUGCUCCGCCGCCUCGACAUCCCCUCCGCGCCGCCCAUCGCCAUCCUCAACUCCGCCGCGGGUCUCGGCGGCGGCGGCGCGGCGGCCGCUGGCGCUGCCGGCGACAAGCCCGCGGCCGCGGCCGAGAAGACGGUCUUCGAGCUGCGGCUGGACUCGUUCGACGCGGCCAGCAAGAUCAAGGUGAUCAAGGAGAUCCGGACGUUCACGGACCUCGGGCUCAAGGAGGCCAAGGAGCUGGUGGAGAAGGCCCCCGCGGUGAUCAAGGGAGGGUUGUCCAAGGAGGAAGCCGAGAAGAUCGUCGAGCGGAUGAAGGCCCUUGGUGCCAAGGUCGUCAUGGACUGAUCGGCGCCUGCAUUUCGAGGUACUCUUGAAUGUAUGAACCAUAUGACUUCCAUGGUUGAUUGCUGCGAGCAUUGUGGGAUUGUCAGUGUCGUUGAACCUUUUCAGGUUCAAAGUUUUUCAUGAUGCUGUAUUCUCUUAGUUGCCUUCCACUCUUAUUUUGUCGAUGAAUUUUCUAUCUCUAAAACGAAAUGUGGAAUAAAGUAUUUUAAAAGAUCAGAUAA